UAUUGGCAUAGUAUUUCAAUGAUGAAUCUUUUUCUCUGUAAAACAAUAAUUUAAAUUUUAAACACGCCAGAAAACACAGACACGAGAAAUUUGACCUGGAGGAUAGGAGGAUGAAAUCAACAAUCAGUAUUGAUGAUGUAAAAGAAUAAAAUUGGCAAGAUGUCAACAAAACGUCCAGCCAGCGAUGCUGGGGGCUCGGAGGGACCCCCAGCAAAGAAGACGUUCACAAGGAUUGAGCCACUUAACCUUGGCUCAAUUUACUCCUUGGAACAAAUGGACAUGAAGGUGUUACAGUUCCAGAACAAGAAGUUAGUGGAGAGAAUAGACCAGAGGAAAAGAGCUGAGGAGGAACUUCAUAAACGUAUUGAACAGUUGGAAAACCGACAGAGAACUGAUGAUGCUGUACUUAUGAUUGUCAACAGAUACUGGAAUCAGCUUGAUGAAGAUGUGAGAGUUUUAGUGCAGAGAUUUGAUGCUGAAACUGCAGAUGAAGACGAAAACAAAAACCAGAGUACUGAGACAACAUCAUUCCUUGCUCUCUUGUCAACAUGGGAUCGUCAGGAGUUAGAGCAGAGGUUGGGACAGAGAGUAGAGUUCUCAAAACGUGUCAUUGGCAAGCUACUGCAAGCAUUUGACAGAUUGUUGCAAAGAAAUGAGAAACUAAACAAUGCACUUAGAGAUAAAGUGGACCAGGAAGAAGAAAUGGCAUCAGAGUUGGUGAGUACAGAUAUUGCCAUACCAGAAAUUUCCCCCAUCAAGUCUGAGGUUGAUAUAAAAAAGGAACCAAAAGAGCCAGAAGAAUCUUCGACAUCAACUACUGAUGUGAAAACUGAGCCUGAAGAUGUGAAGCCUAAUGUGGAGCCAACUGAAGGGACAGAAGUAAAAUCUGAACCAGCAGCAGGAACUGCUGAAGAGACAAAGGAUGUUAAGAACGAGGGUGAGCAGCCAGCAGAGGUGAAACCAGAGGUCAAGGAUGAACCAAUGGAUACAGCAGAGGUCAAAGUUGAGGAGAAACCUUCAAGUCCACUGUCAGUUAGAGCAAUGAAGGAUGAAUUACAGGAACUGCAGGCUGAAAAUAAGCGGCUUCAUAACAUGGUUACCGACCUACACCAGAGACAUCAUGAGAAUACUCUCAAAGUAGCUGAACUUCAGGACAAGCUGACUGCAGCAGAAACUGAGAUUGCUGAGUUGAAGAAUCAGAGUGAGGAUCUCGAGUACAACUAUCAGGUGUCAUCUCAGCGAGCGGAGAAACUCGAUCGUUACCUCUCAGAUGCCUUUCAGAAACUACAGACAUAUGAGGAUAAAAAUGUCAUCCAGCUUGAGGGUGGAAAAUCUGUAACUGGCGUCUCCAAAAAUAAGUUUGAUGAGAUAAUAUCUGAUCUGGAAGAACAAAAAGAUCUGGCUUCAAACAGACUUGCAGAGUUAGAGAAACUGCAGAAAGAUCAUCAGAAAGCGCUGAAAGAUAUUGAACAACUCAAACUAGAUUUACAACAUCUACCCGAGAGUGUGAUAGUGGAGACAACAGAGUAUAAAUGUUUACAAUCGCAGUUCUCGGUUCUCUACAACGAGAGUCUACAGAUGAAGACGCAGCUUGACGAGUCCAAAACUCUUGUUCUCACCAACAAAAAUGCUCACCUCAGACAGAUAGAACAGAUGGAAAGUGAUGAAUUGAUGAAUCAGAAGAAAUUGAGAACAGAGGUAAUACAAUUAGAAGAUGCCCUAGGUCAGGUACGGAAAGCCUACGAGAUGUUGAGGAUAGAAUUUGAACAGACCCUUGCUGCUCACGAACAAACAGGAUCUAUCAAUCAGGAGAUGCGGAACCUGAUCCAGAGUUUACAGAAACAAAGCAUGCAGGUGAAAGCCGAGGCUCAAAGAAACAGGCGGAAAGUCAAGGAAUGUCAAGCAGAAAUAAACAAGUUGAAAGAGAAGGUACAAGAACUAACAGGGACAGUCAAGGAACCAGCGGAAGACUCUAACAGCUCGGCCUCGACCUCGGAACCCUGUAAGGGGAAAUCCCCUAAAGGCGAGGCUGGUGAUGGAUUUGUCUUGCCAAAGGAUGAUGAUAAUGAUGACUUGGAGAAAGAGAGAGAGAAAGGGAAAACUGAUGCCGAGAUAUUCAAGGAGCUUAAAGCUCAACUUAAGAAAUCUCAGGACAACCAAAAGGAACUGAAACUGUUGUUAGACAUGUACAAAAGUGCACCAAAAGAGCAGAGAGAUAAAGUUCAGCUGAUGGCUUGUGAGAAGCGAUUGAACAAAGAGAUAGAUGAUUUGAGACAACAUAUCAAGAAAAUGCAGGAGACAGAGAGAAAGGAACGUAAGAAACUGGCUGAGGAAGAUGCUCUCAGGAAGAUCAAGAAAUUAGAGGAAACAAUUACAGAAUUACAGAAGAAUCUUGCCACUCAAAAACAGAGAGAAGAUGUAUUACUGAAUGAAAUGGAUGCGACAGGGCAGGCAUUUGAGGAUAUGCAGGAGCAGAAUACGCGCCUGUUACAGCAACUCAGGGAAAAAGAUGAUGCCAACUUUAAACUUAUGUCAGAGAGAAUAAAAGCUAAUCAGAUACAAAAGUUAUUGCGAGAAGAGAAGGAGGUUUUAGCGGAACAAGUGUCAACAAUACAUACUCAGGUUGAGGCCCAGAUUCUGGUGGUCAGAAAAUUGGAGGAAAAGGAAAGGGUUCUACAGAAUAAUAUUAUGACCAUGGAAAAAGAACUUGCGUUAACACAACAAGCUUUAGAACUUCAUAAACGUAAAGCUGUAGAGAGUGCCCAAACAGCAGCAGAUCUGAAACUCCAUCUUGAUAAAUACCAGGCACAGUUACGAGAGGCGCAGGUCGCAGUUGCAGAGAAAACAGGAGCUAUUGAACAAGAGGCGUAUAAAUAUAAAAGAAUGCAGGAGGAAAUAGCUAAGUUACAACGUAAAGUGGAGAGAAGUAAGAAGAUUGAGAUGGCAGGUGGUGCUGAUGAAGUUCUUCUCGCAGAAAUACAGGAAUAUAAGGAGCAGUUAACGUGUCCAUCGUGUAAAGUAAAUAGAAAAGAUGCCGUUCUUACAAAGUGUUUCCAUGUGUUCUGUUUAGAAUGUUUAAAAACAAGAUAUGAAACUAGACAAAGAAAAUGUCCAAAAUGUAACGCUGGUUUCGGUGCUAAUGACUAUCAUAGACUUUAUCUCACAUAGUAUUUAAUGUUUCUCUUAGUGUGUAAAUAUCUCAAUUUAUCUCAUUUUGUAAAAAAUCCUUUACAACUUGUAAGUGUAAGUGGCUGUAUUCUUAAUUGGUAUGAACUUGUCAUGUGCUGUGCCUGUAUUUAAAUAGCUUUGCAGUAAAAAAAAAAGCAUACAAGUAGAAAGAGCAAAGGUUUUCUUUUUUAUCUGUCUUUGCUUGUUAUGCAUCAGUAGUUAUAAUGAAAGCUUGCAGAGUAAAUUUUGUAGAUUUGGUAAUUUUCACACAAAGUUUAUUUUUGGGAUUUCAUGAUAGUUAGCAAGUAGUGUUAAGAAUUUGUGGAAACAUGAGUUGUUUAGUGCAUGAUACAGAUUAAUAUUUGAGCCGUGCCAUGAGAAAACCAACAUAGUGGGUAUGCGACCAGCAUGGAUCCAGACCAGUCUGCGCAUCCGCGCAGUCUGGUCAGGCUCCAUGCUGUUCGCUUUUAAAGCCUAUUGGAAUUGGAGAAACUAUUAGCGAACAGCAUGGAUCCUGACCAGACUGCGCGGAUGCGCAGGCUGGUCUGGAUCCAUGCUGGUCGCAUACCCACUUUGUUGGUUUUCCCAUGGCACGGCUCAUUUAUGAAUACCGGUAUUUUGAAUUCAGGAGUGGAAUUAUUUGAAAAUAUUAGCAAAAAUAAAAACUGUGUGAAAGUUACCAAUCAACAGUAAGUAUGAGAAAUAGAUCUGUGCAAAGUUUUCAGUAUUAGAUAUGUUGUCUUAACAGUAAAGGAGCAAAUAGAAAAUUUUGCAUCUUAGGGUAUGAAAGUUAAACCUCUGAUUCUGAAUGUUUAUGAUCUGUAGUGCUGACUGAAACUUUGCAUGUUUUUUUGUUUUUUUUUUGUAAUGAUUAAUCAUGAUAAGAAGUAUGUUCAUGGAAAGUUUCAGCAGUAACUGAGUCACUUUUACAAGAAGAAACACUUUUAUAAGGUCAUAAAGUGAACUACAUGAAUCAGAAUUUUUAUGAAUAUUGGCUGUAAUAUGUGUAUAAAAAUGUUGUUUUAAAUAUUUGAAAAAUUUGUCUUAACUCCAGGUGUAUAAAUGUUGUGAAUAUAUUUGGUAAGAUAUGGAUUUACCAAUUCCUAGGUUGUUAGGAAACAUGAAAUGAGCCGUGCCAUGGGAAAACCAACAUAGUGGCUUUGCGACCAGCAUGGAUCCAGACCAGCCUGCGCAUCCGCGCAGUCUGGUCAUGAUCCAUGCUGUUCGCUAACAGUUUCUCCAAUUCCAAUAGGCUUUAAAAGCGAACAGCAUGGAGCCUGACCAGACUGCGCAGAUGCGCAGGCUGGUCUGGAUCCAUGCUGGUCGCAAACCCACUAUGUUGGUUUUCUCAUGGCACGGCUCAAAUUAUCUUAAAUCCAUAUUUUAGUGAGCGUAUGAUGCAAGUGAAGUGAUGUAUUCACUUAAUUACCAAAUAAACUGUGAAGAGUCA